UUAAUUUUAGUCAAAAAAAUUGAAAAGAGAAAAAAAGGGAGAAAGAAAAAACGGCGAAAAGAUUCGAUCUGAAGACAGUUGGAUAUAUUGAGAAACAGAUAGAUAGAAUAAGAGAGGCAAUCGAGGGGACUUGAAUCGACCAAAAUUUGAGCUGAAUCGCGACGACGUCGUUUUAUUGCGCAGCAGCAGAGGGAGGGUUUCUUCAAAAUCUCUCUCUCUCUGAAUCUUUGUCACAACUCAGAUUCACUUCUGGACCUUCUUCUUCGUCUCCUACCGAAACGAAACGAGGCUCUACUGCCGCCGCUGAUCAUCAUCAUCAUCAUUUUCACAGGUUUUCUUGGCUUGCUUUGUACUAAGACAUCCAUCAUCAUCAGGAUGCACCUUAUAUGACAGACAUUUCAGUUGGUAUUGUGAGAGUUGCACACUGGAAAAUGCUACCAAAUUGGAAGAUGCCCCAUUCUAGUUUGAUGCUAAUCUCUUUGGGGCUCACUAUAUUUGUCUUCUCUGAGAAAUCCAGAAGUAAAGAGGGUCUAAACAGUGUGAUAUAAGAACAAAUCAUGGAGCAAGUAUCAGAGAAAAGAUUUCCUUUGGAUGCAAAAGAGUAUAAGUUAUAUGAAGAAGUGGGUGAAGGUGUUAGUGCUAGUGUGUACAGAGCACUCUGCGUACCACUUAAUGAGAUAGUUGCUAUCAAGGUUCUUGAUCUGGAAAAAUGCAAUAAUGACCUGGAUGGUAUCCGACGGGAGGUACAUACAAUGACUUUGAUCAAUCAUCCAAAUCUAUUACGAGCACAUUGUUCGUUCACAGCUGGCCACAGCCUUUGGGUUGUCAUGCCAUAUAUGGCUGGGGGGUCCUGCCUUCAUAUAAUGAAGACUUCGUUUCCUGAAGGUUUUGAAGAGCCUGUUAUUGCAACUCUAUUGCAUGAGGUCCUCAAAGCUCUUGUUUAUCUUCAUGCUCAUGGCCAUAUCCAUAGAGAUGUGAAGGCUGGGAAUAUAUUGAUCGAUUCUAAUGGUGCAGUCAAGUUAGCUGACUUUGGUGUAUCUGCAUGCAUGUUUGAUACUGGAGAUAGACAACGUUCCAGAAAUACUUUUGUUGGAACUCCUUGCUGGAUGGCUCCUGAAGUUAUGCAGCAAUUGCAUGGAUAUGACUUCAAAGCAGACAUCUGGUCAUUUGGAAUAACAGCACUCGAACUUGCCCAUGGACAUGCCCCAUUUUCCAAGUACCCACCAAUGAAAGUUUUGCUGAUGACUUUACAAAAUGCACCGCCAGGCCUUGAUUAUGAAAGAGACAAAAGAUUUUCUAAGUCUUUCAAAGAGCUGGUAGCUGCUUGCUUAGUGAAGGAUCCAAAGAAACGUCCCACUUCUGAAAAGCUUUUGAAGCACCAUUUUUUCAAACAUGCACGACCAGUUGAUUAUCUAUCUCGUACCAUCCUUGAUGGCCUCUCUCCAUUAGGAGAUCGUUUUAGGAUUCUGAAGGCAAAAGAAGCUGAUCUUCUUGUGCAGAAUAAGGCUCUCUAUGGGGAUAAGGAACAUUUGUCGCAGCAAGAGUAUAUCCGAGGAAUCAGUGCCUGGAAUUUCAACCUUGAAGAUUUAAAAAAUCAGGCUGCCCUUAUUCAGGAUCAUGGCAUGCCACAUGAAGGGAGUAAGGAGCAAAGUGACAGCUAUGAAGAUGUUAAUUUUCCAACUGAGAGGUCGACGGUUGAAAUGGCAAACCAGUCAAAUGCUGCAUCUAAUCAGGAGGAUGGCUUUGACGAGCUUCAUGAUUUGGACGGCUCACUUGCUUCAUUUCCUAUUAAACCUCUUCAAGCACUCAAAGGCUGUUUUGAUGUUUGUGAGGAGGAUGCGAGUGCGACUAGUCCUACAACCAUUAUUCAAGAAAAUGGAAGAAGUGGGGGUGAGACUUCAGGGAAAAGUAGUUCUUUAUCAUGUCAUGAUAUCCCUGAGCCUAAGAAGUUCAUGAGUGGUUCAUUACUCCCGGAUAAUGUGCUUUCUUCUAAAAAGGUUAUUGGUGAAGGGGAGAGGGAUCAUCUACAAUCAAAACAUCAACCUGAACGGAACUAUAGUGGUCCAUUGUUGUAUCGUCAAAAGAGAGAUGCCAAUAACCCUACAUCUGCUGAGGAUAUGUCUGAAGGAGCAGUUGUGCAGCGUAAGGGGCGCUUCAAGGUCACUUCAGCAGACCUUAGUCCCAAGGGUUCUUCAAAUAGCUUCUUUAGUCCUGUUUCUCUAGGUUCAAGUAGUCCACCAUCCUCAAAUGUUACAGCUGCCACUGUUCUCCCAUCACUACAAUGCAUGCUGCUGCAAAACACCUCGCAAAGGGAGGAAAUAGUAAAAUUGAUCAAAUAUGUUGAACACACCUCUGGUAUGCAAGGAGAGAUAACCGAUGUAAGCACCAGUGACCUUUUGCAGAUACCUCCUGCUUCCUGUAGGGAGAGAGAGUUGCAAUCUCUGGUGAUUAAUCUGCAACAGAGUGUUGGGAAUCUUGUUGAACAGUUACAAAGACAGAAGAUGAAAAAUGCCCAGUUAGAAAGACAAUUGAAUGCCUUGGCCAACAAAGACAAGAUAUGAGAAACGGAAGUGAAGUGUGAUGGGGAUGUCGUGUCAUGUCAUGUCAUGUCAUGUCAUGUGCAAAGUCCACAGCUGCCACCCAAACAGUUUCGGCUAACAGAUGGAAACUUUUACAGAAAGAAAAUGGAGCGUGAUGGCGCUGUUGUGGCCAUUGGCGGGAUGAUUUCUUUGGUGCCAGUGAUGUUACAUGGAGUCUGCAAGAUUCUUCUGAAUUAUAGGAGCAAUUUUUAUUAUUUGUUUUUUGGUGGGUUUGUAUUCUAGUGUAACAUAUGUGUGAAUGUGUGUUAGUGCAGUUAUUCAAAUUUUGAGAAUCCUAUUUCUUGAAUCUCAUUGUGUAACAUAAUUUAUUGACCGAUCUUGUAAAUUAUUUUGCAUUUCAGUUCUCUUUCCUUUCUCUGCA